AUGAUCCUUGUGGUUUUUCUCUAUCUCUCGAGCUUUCCGAUCAUCACUUUCACAAAAGCAUUUAUCACCCCAGUAUACAUCGGCAAUUCUUGUCCAUCCUCUUCUUUCAAUUUCACCAUUAACAGCACUUAUCACUCCAACCUCAAGCUUCUCUUCUCCAUUCUUUCCUCCAACGCCACUUUCAACACCUCCAAUGGACUCUCCCAAGUCUUUUUCAGCAACGCCACCGCAGGCCAAGCUCCUGACGAGGUCUACGGUCUCUUUCUUUGCCGUCGCGAUCUCAACUCCACCACUUGCCAAGACUGUGUUACUUAUGCAACCAGACACGUAACUACAAUUUGCCCAACUGGAAAACUAGCUACAAUAUGGUACGAUCAGUGCCAUUUGCGUUACUCAGACCAGUCUUUCUUCUCUAUCGGGUCGCAAAAUCCCGCAAUUUGGAUGCCAAACACCGAAAAUGUUACGGAGGCUGACAAGUUUGAUGAUUCGGUGUUGAGUUUGAUGAACGCAGCCGCGAGUGAUGCUGCUACUUCACGGGAUAAGUUCGCGGGAGCUAAGAAGGAGAAUUUUACAGUUAAUGAAACGUUGUAUGGGCUUGUGCAGUGCACACAGGAUUUGUCUAGUAGAGAUUGUUUUACAUGUCUUCGAGCGGCCAAUGCUGAUUUACCAGUGUGUUGUGGGGGGAAGAGAGGAGGAAGAGUGUUGACUCCGAGCUGUAAUUCCCGGUUUGAAUUGUACUCGUUUUUUAACGAAUCCGUCAUUUCGACAGUAGAACCGGCGCCGGCGCCGGCGCCGGAACCUCCACCUGCUCCUGGUUCUGUGACAGAGUCUCAAGGAAGAAGAAGACAAGCAGCAUGGAUUGCAAUCGGGACAGUUAUACCAACAAUUAUCGUACUCAUGCUCUCUGGUCAUUUCCUGCCGCUUAUAUGGAGAAGAUAUAAAGAGGAGAAAGCAAAAAGACGAGCGCUUCAAGUACUUCGCUCAGGAGAUGAGCAAAAUAAUUUACGAGAGAAGCAUGAGGUGGAAUCUCAAGAUUUCCCUAUGUUCCCUUUAAGCCAAAUCCUUUAGGCUACACAACAUUUCUCUGAUGAAAACAAGCUUGGAGAAGGUGGCUUUGGUGCUGUGUACAAGGGAGUUCUGGCAGAUGGUAAGGAAAUUGCAGUAAAAAGGCUCUCAAGAACAUCAGGGCAAGGGCUACAAGAGUUCAAGAAUGAAGUUACCUUAAUUGCCAAAUUACAACAUAAAAAUCUUGUGAGACUCUUGGGAUGCUGCUUAGAGGAAAGAGAAUUUCUGCUCAUCUAUGAGUACAUGCCCAACAAGAGCCUUAAUGUUCACCUAUUUGUUUCAACAAGUGAUAUACAACUGGACUGGAAGAGACGUAUGAGCAUCAUUAAUGGAAUUGCACGGGGUCUUUUAUAUUUGCAUGAGGAUUCUCGACUCAAAAUUAUUCAUCGUGAUCUCAAGACUAGUAAUAUUUUGCUAGACCAUGAUAUGAAUCCAAAGAUAUCAGAUUUCGGAAUGGCAAGAAUAUUUGGUGGAAAUCAAAAUGAAGCCAAUACCAAUAGAGUUGUUGGAACAUAG